UCGGCCAAAAUUCCUCCAAAGUGCCUUUUUUUUUUCUAUCUCCAAAAACAAAAAUCUACAGAGCUCUCUGAGACGCCUCAUAAAACACAGCCUCUUCUUCUCCUUCCUCUCGAUGUCAUCUUCUUCCUUGAAUUCUCUCUCUUCUGGGUCUCCAAUUCAAUUGCUAAUUCUGGAUUUUCCCGAGAAUUCUCAUCUGGGUCUCGCUUGUCUCCUCUGGUUUCUGCUCAAAAGCUUCAGAUUUUGUUCUCCCUUUGCAGAUUCUCUGGGAUUCUUUCAAAGGGAGACUCUGCCGUGUCUGAAGGGUUCGCUCAAGAGAUGAUGAACAGAGACACGACAUGGACAAAAGAAGAGAACAAGAAGUUCGAGAGAGCACUCGCCGUUCACGUGGAAGACACGCCUGACCGCUGGUUCAAAAUCGCUUCCGUGAUUCCUGGGAAGACAGUUUCUGAUGUGAUGAAUCAAUACAUCAGGCUCGAAGAAGACGUAUCCGAUAUCGAAUCUGGGAGAAUACCGAUCCCGGGUUACCCUCUAUCCUCCUGUAGAUUCGAUCAGGCUGUGAGUUAUCGUGAUUUGGAGUCGUAUAGAAAACGAGCCAACGGAAGCAGAGGAACCGAACAGGAGAGAAAGAAAGGUGUCCCUUGGACUGAAGAAGAACACAGGAGAUUCUUGUUAGGGCUUCUCAAGUACGGGAAAGGCGACUGGAGGAACAUAUCGAGAAACUUCGUGGUGUCCAAGACGCCGACACAGGUGGCAAGUCAUGCUCAGAAGUAUUACCAGAGACAACUCUCUGGUGCUAAAGACAAACGCCGACCGAGCAUCCACGACAUCACGACCGUUAAUCUUCUAAACGCAAACUCAAGCUGCGAUCAGAACCGUCCGUUCCCAGACGGAUUUCUUCCCCAAACUCAGGAGAAAUCGGUGGUUUUCAGAGAUAUGGGGGCAGAGAACGUUACAUUUCUCGGUCAGUCGUCUCUGUUUCCGCCGUCAUUGUCUCCAUACGAAGCAGCUUUUUUGGACGGAAUCAAGUUCUCCGGACAAAUAUCCUACGGAUCUGGAGCUUACAGUAACAUCAAAUCCAGAAACUCGGUGUUCUGAGGAAGAGAUAAAAUCUAAGCUUGUAACUGUAAUUACGCAUCAAAUGCCACAACCCAGUUUGUGUUUUGUGUUUGUUUUUUUUUUUUUUAACUGUGUGUGGUUUAACUUCAACAGUUGUCAAAACCACGGUUUCUUUUUACAAUACAGAAACUAUAAUGAUGACAUGAAUGCGUGAGUGUA